GGCAUGUUGCUACUAACCAUUACAGCAACCUUUCACAAACUAAGGCCUCAACCAUGUCACGGCGAAUCAAACAUUUGCGCGAACCCGACCAAAAUCCAAUUCGCCGUUCUUUAUCUAAGCUUGGCACUAGCAGUUUUGGGGAUGGGCGGCACUCGGGUCACCAUCGGACCAAUGGGCGCGCACCAGUUCGAUCAACCAAAGGAACGCGGAAUUUUCUUCAACUGGUACGCACUUGUUAUGGACGUAUGCGUUAUUGUAAGCUCCACGGGCAUUGUUUAUGUCAUCAACAAUGUGAGUUGGGCUUGGGGAUUUGGGAUUACAGCAAUAACCAAUAUAUUUGCGCUAUUACUGUUCUUUGUCGGCACUGGAUUCUUUCGUGAGUUGAAGCCACAAGGGAGCCCUUUUCCGGGAUUGGCUAGUGUUAUUAUCAGAGCCAUCAAGAACAGGGGAACUCUGCUUUCCCAGGACCCAAUAGAUUAUUACCAACACCAUGAAAAUGAGACCAAUCCUACAUUGCCUUCAAAAUUUUUCAGGUUUUUAAAUCAUGCAGCUCUUAAAAUUGAAGGAGAUACAGAGCAAAAUGGAUCUCCAAAGAAAUCUUGGCAGUUUUGUACAGUUAAAAAAGUAGAAGAUCUCAAAAGCCUCAUCAAACUGAUUCCACUAUGGACAAGUGCGAUACUUGUGUGCAUUCCAUAUAUUAUUCAGACGAGUUUGGGAAUUCUCCAAGCUCUAACAAUGGACCGCCAUCUCGGACACAAUGCACAUAUUGCAGCUGCAUCAGUCGUCGCUGUUUUAUUAGUAUCGGGAUGUAUUACCAUACUCUUUAUAGAUCGAAUCUUAUUUCCAAUGUGGAAUAAAUUUGGUCUCCAACCCAUCACCCCUCUCCAGCGUAUAUGCAUUGGUCAUUGUUUCUAUAUCCUUAGUAUGGCAAUUUCAGCAUUUGUCGAGGCGAAGAGGCUUAAGAUUGUGCGGAUUCAUAACCUUCGACACGAGGAUAACGCCUUGGUGCCAAUGUCAAUAUAUUGGUUAGUGCCAUCAUAUGCCCUCGUUGGCAUUGCGGAAGCAUUUAAUUUCCCAGGGCAAGUUGAAUUUUAUUACCGAGAAUUUCCUCAGGACAUGAAAAACACUUCAUCUGCAAUUGUCUCCUUGUUUUAUGGGAUCACUUGUUACGUAGGAAAUGCGUUGAUCGAUGUUUUUCGGAGAUCAACGGAUUGGUUGCCGGACAAUAUAAACAAUGGUAGACUAGACAUUGUGUAUUGGCUGAUUACAGUACUUGUAGGGAUCAACUUUUGUUAUUUCCUUUUAUGUGCCUCGUUAUACAAGUAUAAAACUAUUGAAGAUGAUGAUGGUUUUGUCUCAUCAUCUUAGAUGGAAACAGUGUGAGUAAAAAUCUCAUAACUUUUUUGUUUGACAAAACCCGACUCGUAUUUUGACAUAGG